AAAUUCAAGAAAACCAAAAAAAAAAAGAAACACAGAGAGCAAAAACACAUGAGAGGAAUCGUCAUCGUAAACUUACUAAUUUUACAGAGUCUUUUCGUGCCUUCGUCUCCAACAGCACCAGACUUCAAUUUCUUCUACUGGGUCAACUACUGGCCAGGAGCAAUAUGCGAUAGCCAAAGAGGAUGUUGUCCUCCAACGAAAGGCAACACGGCGCCCGAUUUUAUCAUCCAUGGGCUCUGGCCUCAGUUCAACAAUGGAACUUGGCCUGCGUUUUGCGACCAAACCAAUCUCUUCGAUAUCUCCAAGAUAUCAGAUCUAGUAUGCCAAGUGGAAAAGAAAUGGACAGAGUGGGGAGUGUGGGCAUGUCCAAGUAACGAGACAAAUCUAUGGGAACAUGAGUGGAACAAGCAUGGCACAUGUGUCCAAUCUAUCUUCGAUCAACACUCUUACUUCCUUACCAAUCUCAAAUUCAGAUACAAAUUCAAUCUCCUCAACAUCCUUAAACAAAAAGGAAUCAAACCAAAUGAUGGGUUUUACAGUUUGGAUGAGAUCAAGAAUGCGAUCAAAUGCGUGAUCGGAUUUGCACCGGGUAUCGAAUGCAAUGAAGAUGUAAAGGGAAAUAAGCAGCUUUUCCAGAUCUAUAUAUGUCUUGAUAAUUACGCAAAAGAGUUUGUGGAGUGCCCGUAUGUUCCGGAUAAAUCAUGUGCUUCCAAGAUCAAGUUUCCAAAGUUUCCGGAGAGAGAUUCUCUUAGUGAGUCUCUAAGUGUGAUAGCCUCUGUUUCAACGACCUAGAAAACAAGAGCGUUUGUGUUUCAAUAAGAGAGUGCAGGUGAGAAGCUUCUAUAAGUAUGACGAAUCUUUGAGUUCUAUAAACGUGAUGAGUCUUUGAGUUCUAUAAAUAUGAUGAAUGUAAUGAGUCUUUGAGUCGAGAGUUUUACCUA